AUGACCUGUCCCAACUCCUCCUGUGUCUUCGAAGACAAGAUGUGUGAGGGGAAUAAGACCGCCCCUGCCAACGAUGCCCAGAUGAUGCCCCUGGCGGUGGUCCUGAGCACCAUCUCCUUGGUCACGGUGGGACUCAACCUGCUGGUCCUGUAUGCUGUGCGCAGUGAGCGGAAACUACACACGGUGGGGAACCUCUACAUCGUCAGCCUCUCGGUGGCCGAUCUGAUCGUGGGGGCGGUCGUCAUGCCCAUGAACAUCCUCUACCUCCUCAUGUCUAGGUGGUCCCUGGGGCGCCCUCUCUGCCUCUUCUGGCUUUCCAUGGACUAUGUGGCCAGCACGGCGUCCAUCUUCAGCGUCUUCAUCUUGUGUAUCGACCGCUACCGCUCCGUACAGCAGCCCCUCAAGUACUUGCGCUACCGUACCAAGACCCGAGCAUCCGUCACCAUCCUAGCCGCCUGGUUUCUCUCCUUCCUCUGGAUUAUCCCCAUUCUGGGCUGGCGUCGCUUCCGGCCGGAGACCCCAGAGCCCCGGGGGGACAGGUGUGAGACGGACUUCUACAACGUCACGUGGUUCAAAAUCAUGACCGCCAUCAUCAACUUCUACCUGCCCACCUUGCUCAUGCUCUGGUUCUAUGCUAAGAUCUACAAAGCCGUGCGGCAACACUGCCAACAUCGGGAGCUCAUCAACGGGUCCUUCCCCUCCUUCUCUGACGUGAAGAUGAAGCCGCAGAACCUCCAGGUGGGCGCUAAGAAACCGGGGAAGGAGUCCCCCUGGGAGGUGCUCAAAAGCAAGCCAAAAGACACCGAGGGUGGACCGGUCUUGAAGCCACCAUCCCAGGAGCCAAAGGAGGUGACAUCUCUAGGUGUCUUCAGCCAAGAGAAGGAUGGAGAACCGGGCAAAUUCUACUGCUUCCCACUUGACCCUGUGCAGAUGCAGCCGGAGGCAGAGGCGAGUGGCAGGGGCUAUGCAGCCAUCGACCGGAGCCAGACCCGGCUCAAGAUGGGUGAGCAGGGCCCGAGCAUGCCUGGGGCUAAUGAGGCCUUAGAGGAUCAGAUCCUAGGUGACAGCCAGUCCUUCUCCCGGACAGACUCUGACACCCCCGCAGAGCCGGCACCAGGGAAACGCAAGUCGCCAAGCGAGUCUAGCACAGGCCUGGAGUACAUCAAGUUCACUUGGAAGAGGCUCCGCUCACAUUCAAGACAGUACGUGUCUGGGUUGCACAUGAACCGAGAGCGGAAGGCCGCCAAGCAGUUGGGUUUUAUCAUGGCGGCCUUCAUCAUCUGCUGGAUUCCUUACUUCAUCUUCUUCAUGGUCAUUGCCUUCUGUGAGAGCUGCUGUAACCAGCAUGUGCAUAUGUUCACCAUCUGGCUGGGUUACAUCAACUCCACGCUGAACCCCCUCAUCUACCCCUUGUGCAAUGAGAACUUCAAGAAGACCUUCAAGAAAAUUCUGCACAUUCGUUCCUAG